AUGCCUGAGACAACUCCUUCAUCUGUUGAGACAGCGCCACCUCUAAGGAGGUCCACUCGUGAAUGCGAUGAUUAUGAUGGUAUCGAGGCCUUAAAGCGUGAUUUGGCUAACCAUUUUGCUAUGAAGGAUUUGGGUCUGCUACGAUAUUUUUUGGGUAUUGAGGUGGCUCAAUCUAAGAAAGGAUACCUCAUUUCUCAGACAACAUAUAUAUCUGAUCUAUUUCAACGGGCAAGACUUUCUGAUAACAGAAUUGUAGACACUCCUUUUGAAACCAAUGCGCGAUAUUCUCCCACUGAUGGUUUUCCCAUGGCUGACACAAGUUUGUAUCGUGCUAUUGUUGGCAGCUUGGUUUAUCUUACAAUUACUCGCCUAGAUAUCACUCAUGUUGUUCAUGUGCUUCAGAGUCUUCUGUUUCCCUCAACAUCUUCUCUAGAGUUACGUGCCUACAGUGAUACUGAUUGGGAUAGUGAUCGCAAAUCUACCACUGGUUUCUGUGUUUUCCUUCGAGAUUCAUUAAUCUCAUGGAAAAGUAAGAAACAAGAUUUUGUUUCAAGAUCUACUAGUGAGGCUGAGUAUCGUGCUAUGGCUGUGACUACAUGCGAAAUUGUUUGGUUACGAUGGCUUCUUGCAGAUAUGGGGGUUACCAUCUCUUAG